GUUGAGAUUGCAAUUAGGAUUUUGGAUCUGAAGUGAUUAGGAUUUAUUUUCAAUCAAUCUUGGAUAGCAUUUCAUCUUUAUAACCCUUAAUUGAAUACCUGAGAUUCUUUAUCUGACGUAGGUACUUUUAAUUACAAUACUAAUUUCCUCUGGAGCAAUACUUCUGAUUGAAGGCGUGUCUGUGUCUACACAUGUCAUUACAUUCAAUUAUAUAAUUUUCUCAAAUUACUAACGGUAUAUGUGUCUGUGUCGUGUCUGGUCUCCUUGUUCUUAAUUGAAUUUCAAUGUUGCUUGGUUGAAUGUGAUGGCUACUACCUAGAUCUUGUAGGUUAUCGGUUAUAGUAAAGUUGAAAAGUAGCUCAGAAGCAUUUGCUUCCUCUUUUUGUAAAUUGUGAACUAUGAAGCACGGACACACACAGACAUGCCGACGCCACUAAUAAUUUGAGAAAAUCACUUAAUUCAGUGUAAUUAUAUGUGUCGGUGUCGUGUUGGUGUCAGACACGACACUUGUCUGACAUCGGGACACGUAUAAUCCGAGGAGUGUCCGUGCUUCAUGUGAAAAAUAUGCAGUUAAAGAUCAGCAAUUUUUUCAAAUGUCCCUCCAAUUCCACUCCCGCAUCCACAUCCACAUCCCUCGCCUCCGAGGUCGACCGCGACGAUGACUUGUCUCAAUGGGAGAACAAACAACACCAUAUUUUCAACACUUACCACCGAACCCGGAAGAACCCUAAACCUGUUAUUUCACCUUCCUCCAUAAUCAGAAAGCCGGUGGUGAAGAACAAGAAGAGGAGCUACGCCCAGUUCCAUUUGGAAUUCGGCCAAUCCGAUUUCUUGCUGCGCGCGUGUUCCACUUGUGGUGUUGAGUUCACUCCCGGCAAUGUAGAUGACGAGAAAAACCACACACAAUUUCACAAAUGUUACAUGCAAGGAAUCCAAUUCAGAGGCUGGACCAGUGAAAGGGUUAUCUCUUCUCACAAGGAUGGUCGAAUUAUUAUGGUGCUGGGGACCGACCCAUCUUCUCACAAAAACAAGGCAGAAGAAGUUGUGAAGAUGAUGGAAAUUGAGUUGGGAAGUGGAUGGAUAGGUCAUCAACACUGUAAGGUCUAUUUGUUUGUUUCUCUCCAGAGGAUUGUUGGGUGCGUGGUUGCAGAACCAAUCAAAGAAGCAUUCAGAGUCGUGUCUUGCUCGGUUGAUGAGCAUUCUGAUAGCAAGAGGAAAAGGGAAAAGAAGCCGUGUCCAACCACUCUCCAGUUUGGGAAUAUUGUUUUUCAAAGGGAAGUUGAAAAAAAAGCUGUGAAUGUGAAUGAUUCUGAGGUGAUGGAUGGUAGGGCAAUCUUCUGCGAAAGCAACCCUGUUGCUGCUGUUUGUGGCAUUAGAGCCAUUUGGGUCACUCCAUCCAACAGAAGAAAACACAUAGCUAGCCAGUUGCUGGAUACUGUGAGGAAAAGUUUCUGCACCGACUUGGAGCUUCAACGUGCUGAGCUAGCAUUCUCUGCACCAACCUCAGUUGGGAAGGCAUUAGCAUGUAAUUACACCGGUACUGGAUCAUUCUUGGUGUAUAAAUCAGUACAAUCGGAGAGUAGAAAUGGCUGUGGAAUUGAGGAGUCUCGUGUCAUUGAAGCUGGAAAUCAAGAGUAGAAAUGUCGAUAGCAUGUUCUUCUCUUUCCGUCAGAAAAUAUUAGGCAACCCAUUUAGUUCCGGUGGUGUGAUGGCGGUUGAGUAACAGAUGUCAUUAGGCGGCCUACCACCGCUAACUUAAAGGCAAUGAACACCACAUAGAUGCAGGGAUGAUUUUUCUUUUGAAGAAUACAUACAAAGCCUUCUUUUAGUAGGUUGUAUACAGUAUGAAUCACAAGUUUAGUAUCUGAAAUAGUAGUUGUCUGACAAUUUUGUUAAAGUUGAUAAAAUUUUAAAGUAACAUCUGAAAUUAAAAAUGUUUGACCACAUUCUUAUUGGAGACAAUUUCAGAGAUGAUACAAACAUAAUACAUUUGAGUUUAAUGGAGGCCUUUUCUAAUUCUAAUAUGGGUAAUUAUGUGAUUUAUUGAUUCAGUGUGUAU